AUGACAGGAGGACUGAAGGAUUCUGAACCAGAGGAGUUUCUGCAUUCGCCGUUCAUCCGCAAACAGGGCAACAUUUACAAACCCAACAACAAGGACAUGGACAACGAGAGCAUGAACGAGAAGAGCAUGGAAGACGUGCACACCAAAGAGAUCGACCUGGUGAACCGCGACCCCAAACAUGUGAACGACGAUGUGGUCAAGGUGGACUUCGAGGACGUGAUCGCGGAGCCCCCUGGCACCUACAGCUUUGACGGCGUGUGGAAAGCCAGCUUCACCACUUUCACUGUGACAAAAUACUGGUGCUACCGCCUGCUGACCGCGCUGGUGGGCAUCCCGCUGGCUCUGGUGUGGGGUAUCUUCUUCGCCAUCCUCUCCUUCAUCCACAUCUGGGCCGUGGUGCCAUGCGUGAAGUCCUACUUGAUUGAGAUCCACUGCGUCAGCCGCGUUUACUCCAUCUGCGUGCACACGUUCUGCGACCCGCUGUUUGAAGCCAUGGGGAAGUGCUUCAGCCAGAUCCGUGUACGCACAGUCAAGGAGGUUUAA